UUUGUUUUUUAGCUUCAAGUUCCAAUUUUCCAACUUAAUAACAACCAUUUUGGAUUGAUGUUAGUUAUUUUAACUUUUUAUUUUAUUUUAAUUUAUAAAAUUAUUUUUGGUUUAAUGGCACCAAAAAAAAGUUAUAGUGCUUGUAUAUUUUGUUUGAAUUCACCAUACAAAAAGCCAAGCAUCUCUUUACACUCGUUCCCUAAAGAUCAAUCAAGGCGAUCUUUGUGGCUUACAGCUUGUGGUUUAACUGAAGAAGAUUACAAGCCUUCUAGAAAACUAUGUUCACAACAUUUCAAACGAGAUUGUUAUAAGACUGGGACUCGUUUGAAUAUUUUAAAACCAAAUUCAGUUCCCACAAAGCUUAACAAACAUGCAAAAGAAUUUUUUGAAUCGACAUAUAGGUGCAUUCAUAAGAUGCCUGAGAUUUCCUCUCGCAAGGUGCCUGAGUUACUGACUUCCCAAAUUGACGAGCAGACUGUUUCAACUGUGAAAUUGGAACCUGCUUCAACUGUGAAAUUGGAACCGGUUUCAACUGUGAAAUUGGAACCUGUUUCAAUUGUGAAAUUGGAACCUGUUUCGGACUGUGAGAUGGAAACUUCUCCAAUUGAUGAUACUUUUGAACAAAAGUCACAUAUAUAUUAUGAAGGCGAUGAAACUACGCCAGACUUAGCCACUUGGAGGGAAGCCAAACGUAAUUUCACUAAAGCUAGAUGUCAAGUAAUUGAACAACGGAAAAAAAUUAAAUAUUUAAAUUUGAAAGUAAGCAGACUCCACAAAAGACUGUCAUCUAUGGCUAAAUCAUUAAAUGAUUUGAAAAAAAAAAAAAUCUUCCAACUGAACAAGCUCAGGGUACUAUUAUGCAGUUCAAUGUGAGGAUUCUAGUUCGAAGAUGGCGAUGAACGUGUCUGUUGAGAACAUUCUAGAAACACCAAAAUGUCAAAAGAGGUAUUGUUAUAUUGAUGACAUAAAAACUCUUGAUUUGAGUACACCUCAACGCUAAACAUGCAAGAAAAACAUUAUGAUGUGGCAUUAAAAUCUUGAAACAUAGAAGAAAAAUUAGUCAAAUUCAACGUCUAUUUUCCAUUAUCUGGAAAAAACAAAAUUUAAUCAGUGAAGCAGUCCUUGGUACAAUUUUGAUAAAUACUUCUCAGUCAACUAAGGAUAUGACAAAUAGAGUAUUCACCUGCUAUGCGAAGCUUUGCUGUUACUUUGCAAUUUUAUUCCGCAAAAGCAUACACGUUUGUAAGGAAAACAUUUAAAAAUGUACUGGUUCAUCCUAAACUUGUGGUAUCCAGUUGUCAAAAGAGAGCCUGGGUUUACCAAUGCAGCUUUAAAAUAUACGGUCGUAUGUAAGCCAAUCAUCUUAACCAGUUGUAUGCAAUAUUUGUAUUUCUGAAAUGAUAAUAAGAAAACAAAUUUCUUAAAAUGGUUAAUUCUAUGGAAAAGUGGAUUUAGGUACUAUGCUAAGUAGUAAAGAAUAAAGAUGAUAAUCAAGAUAGUGACAUGAAGCAACAAAUAAUAUAGUUUACUUGGCUUUUGGAAAGUGCCUCUUGGAUUUCAAUGGAUAAGAAAAUCCAUCGUUUUUUUGGAAGUGAAAAAGCUAAUAUUUUAACCAAGUGUUUUGAAUUAAUGAAAUAAAUAGAUGUAAUAUGUCAUUCAAUCACAUUUGAUGGUGCUCCAAACAACUUAUCGAUAUGCAUUUCUUUGGGUGCAAACUUUGAUUACAUUUCUUCAUCACAAUCAAGCAACACAAGAACAAACAAAUCCAAUUUAUAUCUUUCGGAAUACAGGCAUAUGUUAAAACUAGUUUGCAAUACUUAAGGUGAGAAACAAGUUUUUCUAAAUGGUAAAGAGGAAAUAAUUAGAUGGAACCAUAUUGUUAAAUUACAAGAACUACAAGAGACUUAAUAGAUUAAAAAGAUAAUAAAUUUUAAACAAAAUCAUACAAUAUUAUGAAAAUGAGAUGAAUGUGCACUCAGCUGCACAAACUUUAAGUAAAAAUAUAUGCUGUAGCUUAACAUUCUGUGAAGAGUUAAAACUAUUAUCAGGAUCAAAAGCUACUGCAGAGUUUUGCAAAGUUUUAAACAAUGGGUUUGGUUUAACUGAUUACCAUAACAAUUUGGGAAAAGGACGUUAUUUUUGUCCAAUUAAUGAUGAAAUGAUAAUUUAUAUUAAAUAUUUCUUAUAUUAUUUUAAAGACUAUAUUGAAGGUCUGAAAUAUUAUGAUAUUAAUAGCCAACAGCAAGGUAUACAUAAUAUGAAAAGCCAACGCAAAACUGGAUUUUUUGGCCUUAUUAUGUUAUGUCUUACUUAUCAUUUAAAAUGUAUUUAUGAAGUGAAAUCCUAUGGGAUGUCAUACCUUCUAUCUUAUACAAUUAGUCAAUAUCAUUUUGAAGUAUUUUUCAGUGCAAUGCGAAAUCCUGAUGGAUUUUACAACAAACCUAAUACAAUAGAAUUUUGAUCUGCGUACAAACAAUUACUUAUCCAAUAUGAAAUUAUUGGUUCUGCAUAAUGAAAACUGCACUCUAUUGGAUAACUUAAUCAUAUUCUUUGAAUGUACAAAUAACGAAACAAUGCUCAUGCACUUUGCCAUUAUAAUGAUUAAUGGAAUUUGAACAUGAUUAUGAUUAUUGCAUGCCUCAAUUGGAAGAGCCUUUAUAUUAAUGAAAUUGUUAAAUACAUCAGUGGAUUUAAAGUCUGUUUAAAAAAAAUACCUACAUCAGAAAAUUGUUUACAAAUAGUUGAUGACGGAAAACAUGGUUACUGGCCGUAACUUACUGCAUCAAUAUUAUUAAAAUUAAAAAUAAAGGUAAACUGAUCAAAACAUAUGUCUUGCAACUGGAUAUGUAAUACGAAUGCAUGAUGACAUAUUAUCAUAUUACUACUUACCAAAAAUAAACUAAAUUUUGAGCAUUAAAUCGUUGAACGAAGUUUGUUUUGAAACAUACAUAUUUCAUUCGAGCACAAUGAAAAAUCAUAUACUGAAUCAAGAUGUUUUUGAUAAUCACAGAUCACAAUUAAUUCAAUUAAUAAUUUGUCAUUACAUCAAGAUUAGAUUACACCAUUUUGCUAAGAUUUUUUUUGCAUACAUUAUCAAUUUCAAGGAAAAUUAUCCGAAGAAAUUUCACAAAAUUAAUUUUAUUUAAAAAUCAACAAUAGGUACACAUUGCACAUUAUAUUAAUUAGACUAAAUUAAAUUAUUUUAGAAUAACAUUAUACUUACUAUUUUUUUUAUGGGUACAAACUUAUAUAAAUAAUGCCAUGGUCGAUAUAACUAUUGACAAUAAUAUAAUAAUAUACAAUAUGUUAAUAUACUUCUAUACUAUUUUCUUUUUAUUAAUAGGAAUGGUAAUGACUCAUGCCUUUAGAUAUUAUUUAUUAUUAAUAAUUAUAUUUAUGUUGUCUACUUUUUUCAUUUGUAUUUUGUAAGGUCUAAAUAACAGUAGAAUAAUUUUAAUAUAUUGUAAUAUUGUAUUAUAUCAUUAUUAGAUACUUACAUCAUACAUUCAUACAAGGAUAUUAUUAAAUAAAAUAUUAAGACUAGGUAAUAGUAAUUGUAUACAUUUUAUUUUAAAUUUUUACUAUUUAGCGCUAUUGUCUUUGUCGCUUGUGCAUGCACUAACUAGUGGUUUGCUCUGAAAAACUAUGAAAUAAGUGCAGGGUUAAGUUGGUCACAGCAAAUUUAUAAAGUUCCCCAUAAAUUAUAAUAUUACGGAUCUAGUAUAAAUUUAUAAAUGUACCUAUCUAGAUUAUUAUUACUAAUACAAUUAAGAUCAGAAAAAAUAUAAUCAAAAUAAAUAAUACAUUUUUUUCAGUUUAUAUUUUAUUUUUACAAUAUGUGUAUUAAAUUAUAAACCAUAUAACUAGAUAGCUACUUUUGAUAGGAUACCAUAGGUACUAGAUUUGUUCAUUAUAAUAUAAUAGUAUGUACAAUAAUUAAUUUUUUUACAAUAAGAAAAAAAAUUAAACACUUAUAAACUAUAAAAAAA